AAUCGCUCGUACUGAGCCAUGCUACCUGUUCUUGGAGGACGCCAUGUUGGAAUUUCGUCGACUUGAGCAGGCUUCGCUUCCAGUGGCCCCCUCUAUGGCCUCCGAAAUUGGGAUACGCACGCGUGCGCCAUUUUCUCGUCUUAAAGUUUGUUUGCUAUUUUGCGCGGGGUGUGUGCGCCUCGGAGACAUGUGCGGCUUCGCAUUUGCGUGAUCGGAGCCACAUUCUGUGCCUUCGCGAGAGCCAAGUGGUGCAAAGCGUGGUCUACGCGAUCAGCUCCGGCCGUUCCUUCCGGUGCAUAGCACAGCGGAGAAGUGUUAUCUUGCUAACUUCCUAACGGCUCAGCAACGGCGCGCAGCCUCCGCGAUCAGCUCGCGCCGUUGCUGAUUCGUUACGGAGUUGGUAAGAUGCUACGCGCCGAAUGGGACGGCUGGAGGUAAUCGCGGAGGCCAUGUGCGAAAUAACGGUACUCGUUUCUUCGACCUCCAUGGCGAGGCGAUCUCCGUUAACGGAGAUUGCCAACGCCGUGACGCUCUUGUCGACUGUAUGCGGAGACGUCAGUCUUCCGCAAAUCCAAGCAAAUCUGAUAACCUCCAAGCGUAGUAUGAGGUAGGGCAUUAUACUCGCGGACAACUUUCUGUGGCAAUGAAGGGAAAGCUACGGAGGCAAAGCGCGCACAACUGAGAGCGCUUCUGAAAAGAAUCCCGCGUUUUAAUCCACAUUGGUUUAGGCUGGGGAAAAGAAAACAUAGACAGCUUAUUAACAACAGUUACAUAAGACAGAACACACCACUGAGUGUAAAAGUUUACUUAUUUUGCGGCUUUUCCCUUCCGCAUCUGGGGAAACGCGAAACCGUCGCACAUGGAAGCUGCGUCGAUACAGCGUCUGUUCCGAGCAACCAAAAGCACUGUCAAACGCUGCCGGACUACUUGGUGCGGUAACACAUGUGCACCAUCCACGCGCCCGUAGCUUUCACUUCAUUGCCACAAAAAGUUGUCCGCGAGUAUAGUAAACAUUUUUUUAUACCACUCUAAGCCUAAUAAAUUUUCUUUUUUAGGGUGAACGAGUUUUUGGGACUAGUUUUCGGUCCCUGCGAAGUCCGGAAAAUCGGUUGGCGACUAUAUACACUUGAGAGGAAUCAGAGACUGCAAUUUGCGAGCACAAAAGGAAACCGCCCUAGCGAACCGCGAAAUUUCGCACCACAGCGUGCUGCGUUGGUUGCGUCCCGUCGCUGCGUGGCCGACGCGGGUGGCACUCGCGCCACCUCUCGACCACGGAGCCAACAAUUUCUCUCCUACCUUUGCAAGCCGGAUAGAGGUGGUGCCAGUGUCUUCCCCCCCCCCCCCCCCCCGUCACCCAUGCGCUCCGCGUCGUUGGCCGUUGGCGUCGUUUCGCCGGGCAAUCGGAAACCACCAAGUCCCUCGAUCACCAUCGGACACCAAGCCGGUGUGUUCUAGUCCCGAAUUUCAUCUGCGUUAUAUAUCGGAAAACGUAGUCCGACGUCAGGGGCGACAUGACUGAACGAACGAAAAGUGCCAUUUGGAAACAUUUCGUAAAGAACUCGGUCCAAGAGGCUACGUGCAAAAGCUGUGAUACAAAACUUCGAACGCCAUCGAGUACGACGACGCCACUUGUGAACCAUCUCAAGAACAAGCAUUUUUCUUUGCACAGUGUGUUUUUGAGAGACAGCGGGAAGCAAGGAAGACCAGAAGGCGCACAGCCGCUCAUCAAAAGUGCAAUGAAGUCGGGCAAGGCCCUAUUGCAGCGCGAGAGAAUGGCGAUGACCACCAGGAUUGCCCGAAUGCUGGUGCUCGACCUUCAGCCUUACAUCUUUGUCGAAAAUCGAGGUUUCAAAGAGCUGAUGAACCACAUGGAGCCGUUGUACAAGAUACCCAGCCGCACGACGUUUUCGAGGACCAUCAUCCCGGCGUUGUACAGAGACCCAGUCACGGCUGUCAAGGAGAUAAUGCAUGCGGACUUCCAGGAAGGCAUAGAGUCGAUCUUGUUUACAAAUGACAUGUGGACGUUGAGGUCUAACCAAAGCUACAUCAGUCUUACCUGCCACUACUUAGCCUCCAACUUCGAGAUGAGAAGCAUUGCAUUGGACAACCGGAGUGUGACCGAGAGUCACACUGCUUGCAACAUCCUGGAGCACCUGCAAGCAAUGAUGGAUAACUGGGAGCUGCCAAAAGUGCCAGUUUGUGUGGUGACGGACAAUGCACGAAACUUCCGUGCGGUCCUUAGGGGCAUUUCUUGCGUCCCAAUGCAGUGUAUGGGCCAUACGCUGCAACUAACUAUAAAAGAUGCCAAGGAAGAAACAGCAGGAGUUCCUGUCAUUCUCAAGAAGCGUCGCGCAAUUGUUGGUCAUUACACAGUGCCCAAGCUGCGGCAAGACUGCAGGAUUGCCAGCAACGGAUGGAGCUCUCAGUUUUGGAACUUAUUCGAGACGUGGAAACUAGAUGGAACAGUGAGCAUGACAUGCUCUCACAUCUUGUGCAGCUGAAAGAAGCCGUCUGUAUAGAGCUUGCCACCUCUGAAACAACUGUGCCCAACCUGACACCACAGGAGUGGAAAGCAGUGGCUGGGCUCGUCAAAGCUCUUGAACCAAUCGCAUCGGCGACCAAAGAUCUUAGUGGCCAGAAAUAUGCAACUUUGUCAUCAGUAGUACCAUAUCUCUAUGGAACACAAAUGGUCCUGAAAGACUGCAUUGCAUCUGAUGAUGACACCUCAGAGUUUGCAAGAAACUUGCUGAAAAGCAUGAGGACAAGGUUUCCAGGGCAGGACGAGCAAAAGGAGUAUGUGUUGGCAACCGCCUGUGACCCAAGGUUUAAGAACCUCUUUUGUGCUCAAACAUUCCAGGAAACAAGGCUCCUGGAGCUUGCAAGAACUGAGUUGCAGAGCUCUCCAGGAGAAGCAUCAAGUGACUAUACUGAAGCGUCAACUUCUACAGCUCACAAGGAGCGCGUCAACAGUAUCUGGGACAGCAUUGAGAAGCUGGCAGCGUCAUCAGAAAGAAGGCACUCCUCCAAAACAGCCAACAUCGAGGAGUUUCAGCGGUACCUUCGAGAGCCCACUUGCAGUAAGGAACAAGACCCUCUAGCAUUCUGGAAAGAGACAGGCGAGCACCACUUCCCAGGACUGUACAAGAUGGCCAUGAAGUACAUGGGCGUUCCAGCAACGAGUGUACCAAGUGAAAAGUUUUUUUCGACGGCUGGCAACAUUGUUACGUCCCGGAGAUAGAAGUUGACCCCAGAUCACGUACAACAGCUGCUUUUUUUGCAUGAGAAUUUGUAAAUAUUCGAGUUUCUAUUAAAGAAUUUUGCUAUUCGAUAUUCGAUUUGAUAUUCGGCUUUUUUUUUUUCUUGAUUCGAUUCGGUAUUCGAUUCGAGACUUACUAUUCGGUAUUCACACACCCCUACUUAUAACUCUCGUAACAUCACUGUUUGGUGCAUAUAAUUGUCUACAUGGGAUAGAUGAAACAUUCGGAGGGAAGAUCUGUAAAUAUUGUGGUUGAGUGAAGACAAGUUCUUUCAGCGGAACACAUUUUCUAAUUAGAAUAAGUAGAAUAAAGCGAUGUGCGACAACACUCGCCUGCCUAGCCACCACCUCCCCGGUCAAGUAGCAUAGUAGCCCUCCUCCCCCAAAAGUAAAUUCAUGGCUAAGCCACUGCAAGGUAUACUUGUGGAUUACAGGCAAAAGUGAGCAGUCGGUUCCCUACUGCUUUGUGAAGUAUGGCUGGCUAUUACAAGAUGAGACUGUCCAGACCCACAACCGCCUUAGUACGCCGUGAAAGCUCUCGCCUGUGUUCGC